CCUAAGAUAUGAUAUUAUACCUCUUUUGAUCAAAGAUCUUAUGAAUAAAAAAGUCAUACUUGUUCGAGCACCUCCCUUUUCCGGAAAAACAUCAAUAGCCCAAAUUAUGGAGCAUAACAUGGUUAACGCACCAGAAUUUUCAAAUUAUAGAGUAAUACGAGUUUCAUUGCUUUGGAGAUUGCAUAUCAGUUGGAAUACAUUUGGAGAGCGAUGGAAAAGUAUUUUUGGCGUAAGUUGGAAAGAGUGGAUAGAGCAGUGCGAUUUAAUUCCAACGAUUUUGAUUCUAGAUGAAGUUCAAUUAAUUUACGCGAAGGAGAAAAAAGUUGAUGAAAAUAAUAUAGAAUCUGCAGAUCAAUUCUGGUUUGUUGUUAAAGGUCUCCUUCAGGAAGUAGCUCGUAUAAAUAUUAUAAUGUUUGCGGCCUAUGGAUAUAGGAGUUCUAACUAUAUAGGACUCACCACCCCUGUCGCAUUACCGGAAUCAAAUUGCAAAGGUCUUAUUGACAUCAAUUUUAAGCGUGACGAGUUAAGAAAGUAUAUUGAAAAGUUCUGUGACGAUUACUUCAAAAAUUUAGAUCCACCAAGCGUCUCAAAAUUAUAUAAAUAUAUUUGGGUAGUUACAAAAGGACACGCGGGUUUGGUUCGUCACGUCUUGGUGUCUACAGAAAAUGCAAUGAAGAAGCGAAUUGAUACUAAUAACCUAUCUUGGGAAGAAAUAUUCAAGUACUUAAAUUCAAAGGAUUUUGAUUCAUCUAUCUAUAACAACUGCCGUGCUGUACCAAAAGUUUCUGCACUUUCUGAUACGCAAAGAAACAUAUGCGAAAAAAUUUACUUAAAUGGAAAAAUUCAUUACAUAGAUUCUAAUAAGGAUCAUGUGGAUUUGGUCAAAUCUGGAGUCGUUGUCAUUAAAGAUGAUAUAUAUAUAACUUUUGCAGCACCUCUUCUUAAGCGAUCAUUUUUUCAGCAAAAUUACGGAGUUCACAAUGAUACUGAUAGUAUUCCUACGGAUUUGCAUCAUUUUAUUGUGAAGAUUUUCACAGCAAUGUGUAAUGAACUAAGUGGGAAAAUUUUAAGAGAUACUCUUGGAUUUGGAUCCAACGGAAGAAUCCUGGAACAAACAUGGCAGAAGGAAUUUUAUAGAAUCGGUACACAAGUAUUGGGAGAAGAUCAUUUUUUGUCGUGUGAU